GCAGCGUCAUGUUGUCAGGAGACCCCUCGGUGCUGUGAAUGGAUUGAACCAGUGGUCAACGGCAGCGAGCACGCUCGCGCUAUCUGUCACGCGACAUGAGGAGUCAGGACUGAUAAAUAUUUGGUGCUGGUUGUUGGGAACCAGUUUGACCAAAUUAAGAGGACGAGCUGGAUUCGGUUUGUCAGUCCUUUUCUAUAAAGUCGUCGCAGAAGUGCUGAAGAAAUUUUUGUCGAAAUAAACGCGAGGAUUACAUUGCCCUGAAGACGCGGACCGGAGAAGCUGGAUAUUUUGUCUACGUUAUCGUAUUUUCUGAUAUUAUAGGAAUGGUGUAGGUCGAAGAGGCCUUGUAUAUGAGUGACAUGAAACAUCUCACUGCCUGAGGUACACCUUGAGGGGUGUGAUUCCUCAUACAAAAUGAUGAUGCAUAAGCAAUCAGCCCGUACCUCUCCGGGCAGCGUUUGUUCUUUACGUGGAGGAGCCGUUCCUGGAUCCCCAGCGGUCACUAUUGUGGCCAAAAUGGACAAUCAAGUGAUCGAGUAUAAAGAUCUAGCGGCUAUUCCUAAAGACAAAGCUAUUUUAGACAUAGAGAGACCUGACCUGAUGAUGUACCAGCCACACUUCAGUUAUUUACUAAUGGAUCAUUCAGAGAGGUCAUUGUCUCCUCGCUCUAUUUCUCCCCCUCUCUCUCCAGAGGACAGUCUAUUGAAGGACGCACAGGAUUGGUCAGAGCACAAAUCAUCCGGCAGCUCGUCUCCAGCAUCAACGCAGCAGCAGCUGAGCAAAAGCAUCACCAUCAGCACAAAAGCUUUACACCAGCAGCAGCACUUUCACAGGCCAGAUAAUGGAACCAAUAUUUAUAAGAAGCGACCUAUAUAUAAACAAGAUGUUUCAGCAGCUGUUCCACAAAGUAAACACAUGGAGGACUUAAUCAUCGAGUCAUCCAAGUUUCCCGCCGCCCAGCCCCCUGACCCCAACCAGCCCUCUAAGAUAGAGACAGACUACUGGCCCUGCCCACCCUCACUGGCUGUUGUUGAGACGGAACGGAGAAAGAAAACAGCAGCUGAGGCAGAGGAAGAUGAGGAAGAUGAUACCUAUGAUGACAGCGAUCGGUCAGAUGACAUGUGGAGACUCAGACAAAUACAGAAACAAGAACUCAACAAGAUUCAGUCUAAUCUAGGAAAACUGAUACUAAAAGAGGAGAUUGAGAGAGCAGUCCCUGUCCAAAGGAAAACGCGGUCACUGCCAGACAGGACUCUAGGUACGCACUGUUAUUUAUUGUGCUCCAAAUCCCCAUCAUUUCCUUCCUACACUAAGACUGGCAUUACGAGGCUACAGUCUGCAGAGUUCUCAUCUUUAAAUAGUGAUAAAGGGAAUCAAAAUUUUCAGAAUGGAGAAGCUCAGAGCAGACGGAUUGAUCGAGGGAAUUCACUCCCCAGUAUGCUGGAACAAAAGGUUUAUCCAUAUGAGAUGCUUAUCGUGACCCACAAAGGCAGAAAUAAACUCCCACCUGGUGUAGACAGAACAAGACUGGAGAGACACCUGUCACCUGACGAAUUCAGGAUUGUCUUCGGGAUGUCCAUAGAGGAAUUUGACCGUCUGUCACUUUGGAAGCGAAACGACCUGAAGAGGAAAGUUUCUCUCUUCUAACAGUCGGAAAAAAUGUUAAAAACACUGUCACAUCUGCACUUACGUACAAAAACGUUGCAACAGAAGUUACAGCAGAAAACAAAGGAAUGAUGAAGAUCGUGAUAUGAGGAUGUGAAUUAGGAGCCAGCAAAAAAUCUUUUAUCCUUACCUUUGAUAGCAGCUAUCAAUUAGUUCUCAAACAAUCAUAUCUUAAUCUUUGUUACCCCUUUAUCUGUCCCAGCUAUAAGUCGGGACAUCAGCAGGGUUACCAUGUUUGCACUGAAGUUCUCUUCUGUGUGUGCUUAGUAAAGCUAAAAUAAUAAUAUAUAUACAAAUGCUGCCAGUAGAUAUGAGUUGCGCCAGUAACUUGGAAUUUGUGAACUAAUUCAGUUCGCUACAAAAUCACUGCCACACCUUAAAGUCAUCAAGUGCUAUGCAAAGUUUGGGGACUUAAAAUCUUAAGAUGCAUAUAUAUAUAUAUAUAUAUAACACCAAUAUUACUAAUGCAGAUACCAGCGGUACAAUAUGGCAACAAUUACCAUGGCAACAGCUGAUGAUACCGAGUGAGAGUUUGCUGUUUCAAAGAAAGCUACUGUAUAUUAGUAAGAGUUAACUGAAUGUUAGAUAUGACACACAUGAAAGCUGCAUGGCAAAUGUUUUACCUGCUUUUACUCCAUUAAUGAUUGAUUUGUGAAUAGUGGGUGUGAUUGAUACUUCUCUAUACAGAAUGCUCUAUACAUUCUCUACAGUCGAACCCUUAAUCCUUUUGUUUUCUCUCCCGUUCUCCCAUUUAGCUGCUAUGGCCUUUUUAAAGCACCUUUACCGAUUUGGUUCUUUCCUCUUUUCUGGUGGAGAUUCGUACAGUGUUCCUGUUUUAUAGGAUAAGGAUAUACAGGGAUUUCAGAUGUUAGGGCUUGAUGGUUGCUGCUUACUUGAUGGUUUUGUUUUAAAUCGAUUCAAUAGAUUAAUUUUCUGAUCUAUAGUGAUGAACGCUGAGGGAAGUUUAUAAACUUUUCUUAAAGGGAUAGCUCAGCCAAAAACUAAAAUUCUGUCAUAAUUCGAUAACCCUCAUGUUGUUUCAGUUUCAUAUGAGGUUUGUCAGUGAAAGUGAAUGAUUAGGGGCUUUCAAGCUCUAAAAAAUGUACAAAAUAACAAAAGGGGUUUGGGGCGCAGGGUUUGAUGCUUCGAGGUCAAAUAAAAAUGCAUAAAACAUUUUUACUGUUUUUCUCAACAGUUUCUUACUGUAUAAGUUGUUUACAGUUUCUUACUGUAGAUUUGUUGUUUCCACAGUAUUAUUAAUGUUUUUUCAACAAUUUUUUUACUGCAUAAACGUUGUACAGUAGGCUACUGUAGUUUUCCAAUGCAUUAUGGGAAAUAUUACUCUGAAUACAGUAUUACCAACCAACUGCAAAACACAAUGACAAACGUCCAUUUAUAUCUUAAAUGCUUUAUUUUUUGUGAGAUAUUUGGUUUAAUGUAUGUUUUCACAUCAGAUGCUCGGUGUUCCUUUAACAUAAAUCACGUGACCUUUUCUGAGGCUUUAACGGAAUCACGCUAGCCAAUUCAAUAGACAUACCAUCAGUUUCUUAAUAUUGUUGCCUCUGGGCUCUAUUUUUAAGAUUAGUUUAGGUGAGAAUAUAUAUGAAGAGUUUCGUUGCAAAACGAGAUAACUACUGUUUUUUUAAUUGUUCAAAAAUCUCGUUUUUUGGUUGUGCAUUCCAAUACAUUACAAUUCAACUGCAGUUGGUUUGUUUUGAUUUAAACCUUCAUAACUUAAAAAAUACAGCUAAGUAGCACCAUAAAACAAAAUAAUAACAUGAUAACAUAAUAAUAAACAUGUUUUGACAAAAAUGUAAAAAGAUGGAUUUAUCUCGUUUUGCAACGAAACUCUUCACAUGUAUAAUCUUCAAAUUGCAGUCGAUUACUUAAGAAAGCGCCUAUAUGAAUUUGAUUAAACAAAUGCGGACAGUUCAGUACCCUAUUGUACACUGUUUAUGCUGUAAAAAACUGUUGAAAAACAUUAAUUAUACUGUGGAAACAACAAAUCUACAGUAAGAAACUGUAAACAGCGUAUAUAGUAAGAAACCGUUGAGAAAAAACAGUAAAAAAAAACUGUGAAACAACAAAAAUUAUUUGUAAACUUCUUUAAUGCUCAAUGCUUACAAUUCCAAGGUAGUUAAAAUAUUAUUUCAGUUUUGCUGGCUCCUUCUCAACGUAAUGGCAAAAUCAGAAGGAAAUACGGAUGUAGACAUGGGUCUUCAACAGGGGGUCCAGGGGUCCUUAACCCCUUCAGGCACUGCAUCCACUGGAAUGGACAUCACAUGUUUUAGAGUUCAAACCAAUAUAAAUGCUGUUCAACCAAUCAAAAUAAGGCACACUGAUUAAACACCUGAAAAAUCGGGUCUGAAUGGGUUAAAAUAUAUAGUUUGAAGUAUGUUUUUAUUAAAUUUGGCAUCUAACAAAAUGCAUUAAUAGGCUAAUAAUAAAAAUAAAACUUUGUUAAAAUUAAGGUUCCCAUGUUAAGAUCUAUACAGUAAAUUUAAAGUGUUAUGUGACUGUGUACCGAAAAGGAUUAUUUAAAUAUCAUUGUAAUGUAACCAUCAUAACAAUGUAUGUAAAUCCAGUCUUAAGUUGAUACAUAUACUGGAGUCCCUGCUUCUCAUCUCGGUCCAUUAGGGGUCCGUGGCCUGAAAAGGUUGAAGACCUUUGAUGUAAAGGGGUUGGGGGGCUCAGAUUCUCGUAUAUGUACGUGAGGGGGCAAAGGAUGAAACUGAUUUAAAAGGUGAACAGGUUGUAUAGACUACUGUUAUAUUACUUCAGGAUGCUUGUUUGUCAUCUUUGGAGGUUGACAGCCCCUGGUCACCAUUCACUUUCAUUGUGGAAAACAGCAUGAACACUGAAACUAAUAUCUCCAUGUAUGUUUAGUUGAAGAAAUAAAAAUCACAGGUUUGGAAUAAUGUGAUGAUUUUUAAGAUUAGUAAUAAGUCUUUAAUCUGCUUUAAUUACUCUGAUGACGAAGUGAAAUGCUCAGAUAGAGUGCAUGCUUUGUACCUAGAGUUUGUAACUUGUAUAUGAAAACGGAAAGAAAAUUUAAUAAGAGCAAAUAUUGACGUUCCACAUUCAACUUUAUAGAGGCGAUGCUUAUGGCUAUUCUAAAAAAGAGAGAUGGUCAUUAACAUAAUGCUGUUGUUUUAAUAAGUGUUGUUUUAAUGUUGUUUUAAGGUGACAGCAUCGACCAUUUUGACCACAAUAUGACAUUAUAGUUCUUUAUUCAAGCAUUUAUUUUGCUGUUCUGUUGUAAGAAGCACAAACAAAUUAAUGCUUAUCAGUUCUCAAAAAUUCUACUUAUCAGUCUUAAUGUUCUUUAAUGGCAGCUUUGAAUUGUGUUUUUAUGAUAUGAUGAUAUUUGUGGCAUUAGAGGUCAUGGCACGUAACUUCCUUGAAUAUGUUUUUAUUUGGAAUAUUUUUCAUAAGGCACUCGUGAACCGAUCUUAAAGUACUUGAUUCACCAAUACACACUUAAAGGACAUACUUUGUUUAACCAUAUAAUAUAACGUAUGCACAUGCAUGUUUUCAUGCUAUAUGUAGAAAUGUUCCAAAUAUUAACACACAUACAGUAUUCAUUUCUCAUUCAUGAAUAAUGCUUUUUUCUUUUCCUUUUUUUAUGUGAAAGUGUGAUGAUUGAAAAUAAAACUGAGUUUACUAAA